GCACGACGGGAUACACAAGUACAGGCAGGGUCAGGGAGCAGGCGAGGCAGAAUAGUCCAGGUACAGGCAGGGUCGGGAAACAGGCGAAGCAGGCUGGUCAGGGAUAAGGCAAGGUCUAAACCGGGAGAGCAAUCUGGGAGGUAAUGCGGGAAAGACUAGCAUGCUGCGAAGUACGAUCUGGCACUAAUGUGAAAGUGAAGGGUGUGAUAUACUUGAGCUGAUGGCUGUAACAGAGUGUGAGAGAGAAACAGGGUGUGACUACCAGGUGACUAAGGUGACUGAGAAAUGCAGAAAAUAUAAUGCCAACAGCAAAGAGAGGUCCUCGAUUCAGUGUGCAGGAUGUGAUUGCUGCCUUCCAAAAAGGAGAAAAUGAGUUUGAGAUGGAAUCAGAGGACAGUGACACUGAUAUGCCUUGUGUCAUCCUUUGCUGGACCAGACCCUGUGCAGAAAAUUCAACGCUGGGACAAAGCCAACAAAACCUACGUAGAAGUUGAGAGGCCUUACAUUGUGGGUACUUACAACAAGUGCAUGGGAGGUGUGGAUUUGUUGGACUCGUUUACGGCCAAAUACAAGUUCCCCAUGAAGUCCCGACGCUGGUACGUGUACAUCUUCUGGCACACCAUCAUCCUUGCUGUGAUCAACGCCUGGCUCCUCUACAAGCGGGAGUGCAAAGCUCUAAAGAUGCCAAAGCAGGAGAUCCUGAACAGGAGACAGUUUCAGGCAGAUCUCAUCCUCUCUCAUCCUGGUGAACACAAUCUAAUCAGGUGAAUACAACUCCUCUGAAAACACCCAAGAGAGGACGACCAUCGUCAGGCAACGUGAGCCAAGCACCGACAGUGACAUCAAGGAGCCCGUUGAACGCUCAGAAGAGACCAUCCUCAGGUGAUGGGAGUCACGGGACCCCAUCCAAGAGAUCACAACCUCCACUGGAUGUACGCAAGGACCUAAUGGCACAUUUUCCAGUGAAGACAAAGAGGACGCUGCAGACACUGCAGUAAAGGGUACACAAACACACAAUGCACCAAGUGUGACGUCCGUCUGUGCUUUUCCGACGACAGAAACAGUUUUUGGGACUACCAUUGUAUUAAUAUUUAAUAAAUGACUAUUCAUAAAAAA